AGUAAUUAGUAAAGAAACGAAGAAACAAAAUUCAUAUCCCAACUCUGAUUCAACAGACACGUGUCAUUCAUUCCAAUUUUAAUUCUUAUUUUAGUAAAUCUCAAACCCCAAUUAUAUAUAUAAUUCACCCCACAACCAAACAGUCCAUCUUCUCUCCCACUCUCUCUCUCUCUCUCUCUCUCUCUCUACCAUCCAUUAAAGAAGCUUCAUUUAAUGAAGCAGCUGCAAUAACUCUCCCCAAAAACUCCUCCGCCAUAAAUACUUCUCUUCUAUUUUUUCAUUACAAUGAAAAAACAACAUUCUUCAAAACCCCUCAACCCAUUUGCAGCAGAGUACAACCCAAUACCCCCGGGAAUCUCGCCGGACCCACAUGCUCCGCCGCCAUUUUUCUUCCCGCCGCCGCCCACCACCACCUCCCCCCGGCCGCCGUCCCUCGAACCAUUCCCACAGCCACCUCUCUUUCUCUCUUCUCAAAUAUUCACCUACAUACCCUCACCAGAACCUAUUUACACACACUACACAGCUUACUAUGUGAACCCUUCACCACCACCACCACCGCCUCCACCGCCGCCACAGUCUCCGGCGAGAGCUUACCAUGGGCAGCCCGGAAGAGGGCAAAGAGGAGGGUUUCGUUUAGGUUUCGGGAGUGGGAGAGAGAACCACUACUCUCACAAAUUUAUUGGUGGCAGUCGGAAGUAUUUGAUAGAGUUCUUGGAUGAGUUCUGCGCACAUGAAAAUGCAAAGAAGAAAGAUGCAGAAGGUACUUCACAUGAAGAAACAGCAGCCUAUGACUUUCUCUACUUGCCAAUGGAUUUUAGGACAAAGAACAGCAGAGGGUUUGCAUUUGUGAACUUCACCACAGCUAGAAGUGCUUCCAGAUUUUCCGACAUUUUUCACCAGAAAAAGUAUUGGGAUUUCGUUCGGUUUGAUUUAUGGCCCAAGAAGAUCGAAGUUGCACGUGCCGAAAUCCAGGGGAAGGAAGCGGCGGUGAAGCACGCAGAGGAGAGCAGUUAUGAGUGUGAGACGGAUGAGUAUCUGCCGGUUUGUUUCGACCCGCCUAGAGAUGGGUCGGGUCAGCCGGUUCAGAUGACCGUCAUCGGAAACCGUAGAGGCGCUGCUUCUUCUGCUGAGUAUUAUUAUUGGGAACCACGUCGCGAUAAUAAUCAUCAUUAG